AUGCGUUACGAGAGUUGGGAUGUGCUUCUCUUCCCUGAGAAUUCCAAAGUGCCAAUCCAAGAGUUCAAGACACAAUGCUUUGUGAUCAAAGAUAGAGGAUCCCCUUAUCUGCACAGUCCUGUUCUCGUCAAUCCGGCGCCGUAUUGCCUCCCUCAAGGAAACAUGGGUCUGCUACCUGUGCUCACAACUUUCAUCCCAAGUGUAUCGCCGAAUACUCCGUUUCGGGUGUCGGUUCAUAGCUGGGAGAGGCCUCGGCCUAGUCGGCUGAUGGAGAGCCUGCUGCAACCCGAUGAUGCCUUGCUUUUUGAAGUCCGGAUUUUCAUUGAUGGUCUUUUUGUCUCUGGUAGUGUCUUUGGCCAGAGGACUAAUUGGCCCCAUGUCGUUGAUAUCGACAAGAGCGGAAAUCAGGAUAACCUGCGUUUCCCGCCAUUUCACCAGGAGAUUUUAGAGCAACAGCACUGGGACGCUGAGGUAUUGGAGUAUUCCAGUAUUGCUUGGCCUAAUGCCUCCAUGUGGAGCCGAGAACCUCGUCUAUUCAAAUACAACUCUAGAGGUGAGCUUAGUGACUUGAAAGAGCCAGAGGACACGCAUGCCCACUCGCCCACCCGACAUGGUAUUCGACAGUUAGCGACCACAAGCAGCCAAAUCAGCAACCCAGCAGCACACGGCGCUUGGACAUACCGAAACUAUCAAGGGCCUAUUCCCCAACUGCAAGGCAGUCUCCGAGAAUCACGAUGGCCCCAACAGGAACAACUUAUGCCGGAUCCUUUCAUCGACCCUUAUGUGCUUGAUCCUUCCGCACGCCAUCGAGGUGCAAGACCCUCUUCGGAGGAUGUAUCUAUGCCCGAUUAUGUUUCAAGUUCAACCAGUAGUCGAGCUAUCUCACACAUGACUGGCAUUAGCUACGAGCAUAGCAAACACCCAAGCAUAAUUUCCCCUAUUGACGAGUCCUAUAACCAACUUUUUGAAGUCCUAAGUCCUCCAAAGCCCCUGUCCUGCGGUACAAAAGCGCCCACAAACACGCCUUCCGCCACAUUACCUAUAAGUCGGAAGCUCUCUGUUGCAGCUGAAGCGCGGUCAGCAUCCUAUAUUAUUAACAACGGGAACAGAGGAUCGCUUCCAAAGGAUAAAUCGCAUCUAGGUACUAGAGACGUCUCGGAAGCCAGUGCUAAAUCCAACCUGUCUACUGAGCCUGCUACUGAUACCGCAGCAACGAGCAAGCUCCCUGUCGGCCUAAAUGUCCAGAUUAAAGGCAGGAAGGAGGGGAUGGUGUCGGAUAAGAAGGAAAACGAGAUCAUAGUGGAAACUCCGCGAAGGGAAAGUGACAAGGUCCACCAUACUGGGUCCAAGACAGCCGUGCGUACCAGUGGGAACCUAGAGACUCCGACUGGAUGUAGAAGAAGACGGUCCACAGGUUCUGCUCGCAGGGAAAGUCUCAGUUUUUCCAAAGGAGAGCCAAUUCUGCUUUCUCCAGCACAAGAGUUGUCUGAAACAGAUGACCUUCUCCGACGGGUUGGCCUCGAAGAACUUCUUGGACCAGGAAGCCACCGUGCAGGUUCUGUAGUCGAGGUGGCUGAGAUUGACUAA